AUGAUGAAUCAUAUGGCUGCUAUACUAAAGCAUUCGGUACUAAGACGUCCGUUGUCUACGGCGCCAAUCUUUAAUCGAGCAAUCAAGCGACAGCAACGAAACAAUAUUGCACUGUUAGAAAACAGUGAUGAGUACGAAUACCUCAAGGAUGAGGUCGCUCGACGCCUUGUCGACCGCUUGGAGGAUAUUGAGCGUGAGUUUCCGUUGGCACUGGACUUGGGAUGUGGUAGUGGCCACCUGUAUAAGAACCUAAGUGUCGACGAUGGGCUAGGACGCGUCACGAAACUAAUCCAGUGUGACUCGGCUGAGAACUUGCUCUUGCGCGACGACCUGGAAACUAACACUUUGCUGGAGACAACACGCCUGGUAGCGGACGAGGAGUUCCUUCCGUUCCCGAGCCACCACUUCGACUUGGUGAUGAGCUCACUAAGCUUGCACUGGGUGAACGAUCUUGAGAGCACGUUUCGCCAGAUUCUGGACACGUUGAAGCCCGAUGGCGCUUUUAUUGGGGCGGUGCUAGGAGGGGACUCGCUGCAGGAGCUACGGAGUGCCUUCAUCCUCGGUGACCAAGAGCGUCAAGGUGGUAUCUCACCUCACGUAUCGCCAUUCAUGAACGUCGCUGAUGCUGGUAAUCUCUUGUCCGCCACGGGUUUUAACUUGUGCACAGUGGACACGGACUUUAUCCAGGUAGAUUAUCCAAAUGCCUUUGUAUUGAUGGAGCAUUUGCGUGGGAUGGGUGAAAACCACGCUGUAAAUUCACGAGGAGCUCCCGUCACGCGCGACUCGCUACUGGCAGCUGCGUCCAUUUAUCAGUCCAUGUUUGGCCAACCAGAUGGGACCGUACCUGUUACAUUUCAGAUUAUCUAUCUCAUUGGUUGGUCACCACAUGAAUCACAGCAGAAACCAUUACGUCGUGGGUCGGCCGAACGUUCACUCAAGGAGGAGCUUAGUCGUGAGUGA